CAAGUACCAACCAACCUCAAUGUUUUCUUGCCUAAAUCACCUUAGGCAACAGCGAAAAUAUCGCAUAUAAUACUAAUACUCAACAUCUUGUCGCCUCACCAAGACCACUGUCUUUUCUUCGCCGACCAAUUCUUCCUCGAAGUCUCUCGUCAAACCGACGUUCCUCAAGAACAAACCAACCCUCGAUCAAUGCCCACGCCUACAUUCUAGCAGCAGUAGGGAACGCCUCCAAAGUCGGGAUACUUCGCGACCGUUAUGGCAUUCUCCAGCUUCGGAAAUACUAGUAUGGGAGGGAGCCUGGGCUCGGGGGCGGGGGAUGUACAAAAGGGUGCGGCUAUAGAUGAAAUCCAAACUGAGGUAUGUCUAUGCCUCUCGACCUUUUCAAGCUUCCAUAUAGCUCUUUUUCUCAGCACUAUACUAAUACAUAUAUCAGGCCCUUGGAUUUAUUGCGCUGGCAGGUGAAAUUAAAGUUCGGAUAACUGCACCAUGGCCCGCCGACCAAUUACCACCAUCAACCUCGUCGCUCAUAAGCAUUGCUUCAAAAAAGGGUCUUUUUGCAGCAGCAGGUCCAAACGAGAUUGUUUUGGCAUACACGAAAGCAGUGCGAGAAGCCUACCAGAGUUCGGAACAGGGAGAGGAUAAUGUCAAACCAUUUCAGCCUCAACUACGACUCCCCAUGCCAAUGAGGGUUUCGCAGGUUGCCUUUUCAGCAGAUGAAUCAUGGCUGGUGCUUUCGGCAGAGACUGGCGGAGGGUUGGCUGUCUACGAUGUUCAAGCUCUGAUGACUGGCUCUACUGAGCCCAAAUUUCAGAUUCCAACAAAUUCACAAGCAUUAAGAUCGUUGGUUCCGAACCCUACGCCCGAGAAGGGAGAACUUUUUGCAGCUGUCACCGUGGAAGGAAAUCUGUUGAUGGCAAAUCUUAAGGAACAGACUUUUGUGCCAGGGCCAAGUGGACCUAUCCUAAAAGACGGUGUACAUUGUGUUUCCUGGAGUACUAGAGGGAAGCAGUUGGUUGCUGGCUUGAGAGACGGCUCCGCGUUCCAAAUGACUCCUGAGGGAAUUGGAAAAAGCGAAAUUCCACAACCCCCUGGCUUGGAAAAUAAUCCCUUUCGUAAGUUUUAACAAUGCCAAAAUGUGUUUCCGGACUAAUUCUUUUCAGUUACCUCUAUUACAUGGCUCGAGAAUAAUGUUUUCUUAAUGAUACACACACAACAAGAAGCAACUGGGGGCUUUGACUUACCAGAAUCUCACUAUCAUUUUGUGACAAGGACACCUGGCACCCCUCCCAGCUUUCUUUUUCAAAAGAUAGAAACAGACCCCUCCGGGCCAUUCAGUAGUCUCGUUCGACCAAACCCAUAUCAACAUGUGCUGAGAUUGAGGAAUUUCCCACCAAACAUAGACGAUAUUCUCGUUGUUGCCUCAACCGCAUCUACAGACAUCGGAAUCUUGACGAAGGCAAAUGCUCCAUUAUCUAAAUCUAAACCGGUUACAGGAUCUUACACUUUCUCGGAAAUUGCUGAUGAUACUAAAAGAGCUGCGCUUCCAAUGAGUGGUAUUGAUGACACUUCCGCUAUCGGUAUCGGUGUUGAUCUCUCUCCAACCGAGCCGGUCUAUAAGCCUAUUCCCGGCGACGAGAUUAUAGAGAAAUCAUCCACCCCUUUACCAGCUCUGAUGGUUCUCAAUAACCUUGGUGUAUUAUCAGCGUGGUGGUUUGUCUACAUGGAUUCAAUCCGACAAGGCACCAUGUACUCGGGUCUUGUAGCAGCACCUCAAUCAACGCCCACUGUACAAUCUUCUCCUGCGCCAACUCAGCAAAAUUCGCUAUUUGGCACGCCUGCGCCUCAACCUGCAUUCGGUAGCUCAGCAUUCGGUGCAUCUGCCUCCAGUGGUGCUUUUGGAAGUGCUCCACAGCAGACUACGGCUUUUGGUGCUCCAUCAGUGCCUACUGCUGGGGGCGCUUUCGGGGCUACUUCAGGAUUGGGACAAAAAGCAAGCGUAUGGGGAACACCAGCUUCUCCAGCUACUUCGACUUCUGCGGCUCCUACGGGAGGGGCUUUUGGGGCUCCUGCUUUUGGCAGUUCCUCUACCCUUGGAGGUGGAACCACAUUCGGCAAACCUUCAUUUGGGUCACCUAGUGCGCCAGGUGGUCUGGGAGCAAAGCCGUCUCCAUGGAGCACUGGAUCUACGGCACCAAAUGCAGCGUUUGGUCAGACUGGCGGUGCGAUUACAGCGUCACCAUUUGGUAGUGCUACAAGUACAGCUCCAACAUCUGGGGGGUUCUCUUCAUUUGCAUCGAAAGGUGGCUUCGCGGCUGCUUCAAGCCUCCAAAAUGCUACUUCCGGGGGAGAAAGUAUCUUUUCUAAGCCGGCGGUAUCAAAUGGCGCUUUCGGUGCUCCUUCAAACAACGCAUUCGGGGCUUCCAAUACCACACAAACAAGUGUGUUUGGUGCACCUAGCUCCAAUACUCCGUUCGGUAGCACUCUUCAAACUGAAAAUAAGCCAGCGACUGGUCUUUUUGGAAGCAGCGCUCAGACUGAAAACAAGCAAACGUCAAGCGUCUUUGGAAGCAGCACUCCAGCUUCUUCGAGCCAACCUACAAGUAAUGUAUUUGGAAGCACGGGUGGAUUUACUCUUGGUACAACUUUCAAAGCAGAUCCAUCCGCGAAGGAUAAUGAACCAGCAAUUGAGGGCACUGGUUCGUCAUUCUUUGGCAGCAACUUUAAUAACGCCCUCGGCCAAGCAUCUUCACAGCCUGCUCCUCCUGUAUCAAAGGAGGCGGAUAUGGAUGCUCCAAAACCCGAAUCUACAACCCCAUCAUCUACCCCUGCUCCAAAUAGAUUUCUCUCCACCCAAGCCAAUAGGCCUGGAUCACCUCUUAACGAAUCUACAACUCCAGCAUCUACACCCGCUCCCCCGAAAUUUCCAGCUUCCUCAAGCGGUGGCCUUUUUGGUAGUAAGCCCACAUCGACGUCAACCGUGACCAAACCCGCCUCAGCAGGCUUUAGUUUCGGUAAGCCCGCAACAGAAGGUAGCUACAGUUUUGCCAAUUUAGGAAACAACACGAAUACCAUUUCUCCUGGACCCAAGACACCGAACCUUACCGCGCCGCCCUCCAUUACCGAGACGCCAGCAACACCUCGGAUCAAGACGGAACCUGAAUCCGAGGAGAAAUCCAGUGGUAUCCAAGAACAAAUACCAGAAGCCCCGUUGCCACCUGACUCGACUAGUAAGACCUGCUUCUCUGUUGGUGACUCGUCAUCAUCCUCUUCUGAAGCUGACGAACAAACUCCUCCAGGUACCAUAUUGAAACCAAAGCCGACAAUUUCUGUGCCUCCGGCCGAGAGCCCUCCCAAACCAAUUUCUGCUGACCUUAUACCCCCUAACGAUGUUCCAGGAGGCCCCGAGGAAGAAGAUGAUGAAGCGGACUUUUUAUCUGAGGAAGGCGAGAUACAAUCCGAUAGCGAAGAAGGUAGUGGCGAGGAUGUUGCAAAAGACUUGAGUCCUGUCUCGGAAAAAACCCAGAACCUCGGCUUUACCCCUGAAAGCUCGUUCGGGGGUGGGCUGAAAAUUAACAAGAACAUGGAGGGUUUUACGAAUAUUUCCAGACCAGGAACAUCAGCUCGACCAUCCUUAUUUAGAGAAGUUGCACCCUCCCUUCCUCCUCCUAAGCCAAAGAAUCUACCCCAGAGUCCCCGCUCUCCAAGCCCAGUACGUUCUGCUUUACCUGGGAGACUGAUGGGACGUCCUGAUCCAUCGCGAUCAGUAAGUGCUCCUGGGGUUGCUUCACAAAUUCGAGGCUCUUCUCAGAUAUUCGGCGCCAAACCAUCAGCGCCUGGCCAAAGCACUUUUUCUCUUGCAAAGGAAGAACAAAAGGCAGAGGAGAAACGUCGUGCUGAUGCCAGAGAAGGAAAAGAGGCAGAAGAAACUCAAGCUCUAAUUGAUGAAGAGGACGAAGAAAUGCAAAGAUUUCUUGCUGAAGAAAUCAAGCCCACGACUACCUUGGACGAGUUCGUGGCAUACACCAACUACAAGAGUGAAGCAGAUAUGAAUAGUGUUCCAUCUCAGGUAGAAGCAAUUUAUCGAGAUAUCAAUUCGAUGAUUGAUACUUUAGGUAUCAACGCAAAAGCUCUGAAGGCAUUUAUUCUCGGUCAUGAGGAACAUUACAAGCAAGGGGGUCGAACUAAGGAGGACCUCGAAGACGAAGAAGAUUGGUGUUUAGUCGAACUCGACGAUCUUUCUAAACUAAUGGAGGAUGAUCUUGCGCGAGAGCUUCAGGAUGGACGGAUAAAGGACGUUGCCAGCAAACUUGAGACAUGCAGCGAACUCCAGAAAGACCUGAUCAAACUUCACGCGAAACACGAAGAUGUCCGAAAGAUCAUUCAAACUCAUACAGACCCUGAACAAGUAGCAAUGGCCUUCAACAAACCUUUGAGUGCUGAGCAAACUGUACAGCAACGGGAUCUCAAAAGAGACUUCACAAAGUUUCAAAAGCUACUUUGCGAGGCUGAAGAAAGCUUGACGGUACUCAAGGCAAAACUUGUCUCGCACUCUGCAUCUAAUGGUAGAGCCAAUGGAACUGCUCCUACUGUUGAGGCAGUUAUGCGAACUAUCACCAAAAUGACUGGUAUGGCUGAGAAGCGAAGUGGCGAUAUCGACGUUCUCGAAGGACAGAUGCGAAGACUCCGGUUUAGUUCUGUUGACCUGUCACAGAGCCGUGAGGGAUCGCCCUUCGCAACUCCACAACCAAAGCGGCAAUCACUUCGGCUAGGCACUCCGGGAACAUAUGGACUCGCUUAUACUCCCGAGAGAGAAACGCCGCGACACCUGCAGAGCUCAUUCCGUUCAUCCAUCGGAUCGCGCGGUUCCCUUUCACCAAGAAAGAAGUUGAGCGGUUACUCCAGCGAUGACAAAGACAAGCUGAAGGCAAAAUUGGCGAGAAGACAGGAAGUUGUGAAUCGGUUGAAGAAGGCUUUGGAGGAGGCAGGCACGAGUGUAAAACUUUUAGAAGACGAUGAAUAA